AUGAAUGCCCUUCUCCCCGCCACUUCCCUUCCCUGUUUCUCAAAAACCCAACAACCUUUCCCGCCAUCGAAACCAAAACCACCAAACACCAUCUUUGCCUCCUCCUUUAAACCCCUAAACCACGACAAAAACAACAAACCACAAAGCUCAAAACCAAAAACAACUCAAAACUGCGCCAAUAUUUCAUUUGCAUCAUCUUCAGAAGAGACCCUUCUCUCCGGUGACUGGCCUCAGCUCCUAAAAAUCUCAAUUGGGUCUGGAGAUUUCUUGCUCGGAAAGGCAAUCCAUGCCUACUUAGUGAAGUCAGCCUCUCAAAAUGAACCAUUUGAAGGCAAUAAUCUUAUUAGCUUCUAUGCGAAAUUUAACAGAUUGGAUGUGGCACAGAAGGUGUUUGAUGAAAUGCUUGUUAGAAACACUAUUACUUGGACUUCACUACUAAGAGGAUAUAUCGAGAAUGGAGACUUUGUGUCUGGGUUUGGUGUUGUCUGCGAUGCUUGUAGUGAGAUAGGGGAUGUGGUAUUAGGGGAACAAAUUCAUGGUUUUGUUAAAAAAAGUGGGUUUGAGGAGAAUGUUUUUGUUGGUACUUCUUUGAUUUCCAUGUACUUGAGAAACGGUUGCUUUGAUGAGGCGCAGGAAGUGUUUAAUGGCUUGGCUUGUAAAGAUGUUCGGUGUUUAAAUUUUAUGAUUUUGGAAUAUGGGAAAGCUGGAUAUGAGAAGAGGGCUGUUGGGGUUUUUAUAUAUCUGAUAAGUGCUGGUUUGGAGCCGACUGAUUAUAAUUUCACUAACAUAAUUAGCACUUGCAAUGUCAAGGAGGGUAAGCAACUACAUGGGCUUGCUGUUAAGUUUGGUUUUUGGCUAGAAACUUCGGUGGGAAAUGCAGUUGUUACUAUGUAUGGGAAAAAUGGAAUGGUUGAGGACGCAGAGAGGAUGUUUUCUGCAGUGAACAAGAAGAAUUUGAUUUCUUGGACUGCCCUUAUAUCUGGCUGCACAAAGAAUGGUUUUGGUGAAAAGGCUAUUGACAUUUUUCUGGAAUUGUGUGGCUGUGGUCUUGAAUGCGAUUCUGGCUUGUUAGCUACAAUUCUUGAUGGCUGCUCAGAAUGCAAAAACUUGGAACUGGGAAUUCAAAUUCAUGGAUUCGUGAUCAAGCUUGGUUAUCCCUGUGAUAUUAAUAUUGGAACUGCUUUAAUAGAUUUAUAUGCCAAAUGCAAGAACUUGCAGUCUGCAAAAACAGUUUUUAAUGGUCUUUCCCCAAAGAGUACUGCUUCUUUCAAUGCCAUUCUAGUGGGAUUUAUUGAGAAUGAUGGAAAUGAAGAGGAUCCCAUGGUUUUUCUUAGUCAGGUGAGAUUAGCUGGUAUUAAACCAGAUCCAGUGAAUUUUUCGCAGCUUCUAAGUUUAUCUGCCAAUCGAGCUUCUUUAGUAAGAGGGAGAGGUCUCCAUGCAUAUUCUAUUAAAACAGGAUUUGCAGGCCUUAUUGCUAAAUCAAGAGAUGGAGAAGAAAGGUUUGCUCCUGAUGAGAUCACGAUAUUGAUCAUCCUUCAAGCUUGCACUUAUUCGGGUUUGUUGGAAAAUGGAAUAUGCCUAUUCUACAUAAUGGAGCCAAAAUAUGGAAUUCAGCCAUUGCUUGAGCACUAUGCUUGUAUGGUUGAUCUUUUGAGCCGGGCUGGAUAUUUAUCACAAGCCAUGGAUAUUAUCAACAGAAGUCCCUUUUCAGAGUCAACUUUGCUUUGGAGAACUUUGGUCAAUGUGUGUAAGUUGCACGGAAAUCUGAAUUUUGGCAAGUUAGCUUCGAAACGUUUGCUUGAUUUGGCACCUGAUGAGGCAGGAUCUUACAUACUUGUUUCAAAUAUGUAUGCUGGUGAAGCAAUGAUAGAUGAGGCAUCGAAAGUUAGAACAACUAUGAAACACUUGAAGUUGAGUAAAGAAGCAGGCAGUAGCUGGAUUGAGAUUGAGAACAAGGUCCAUCAUUUUGUGGCAAGUGGCACAGACCAUCCAGAAAAAGCAAUACAACUGUACAAGACAAAAAAGGUUGUUCCACCACCAUCACCAACAAGCCCCGCAAAAUUCUUAGCACACUUGCAAAGUUCAAACACUGACAAAGACCCAUAA